AUUUGGUUACAUUGAGUCCACAAUUCGUGUCAGCCCUCCAUAAUCACCGCUAUUUCAGCGAUGAAAUGAAGACAGUUGUCCAGAAAUUAUCGACGGAUGGCGAGAAAAUACUAUUUAUUUUGGUUUGGUUUACGAGAUCCAGGAGUACUUGCGAUGAAAUGAUCCGAUUGUUAUGGGAAUCGGGACAGAAGGAGGCCUCACAACGACUAACCCAUUAUAACACAUCCAAUGGGCACAUGGAGUUUAGGAUACACCCUGAUAUUCCUACCCUGAAUAUGCGGGUA